AUAUAAUUUUUUAUUGAAUUUACUGCGAAAACCAUUAAAUUUUUGAUCUUUUAUGGGUUCCACAAGAAACGCUAACUGAAGUCCAACACAAGUCCAGAACGCUUAGCUGCCUUAUCCUGCUUUUUUCCAAAUUAGUUCCUCAGCUUUCUUUAGCUUUACAUAAUGCCACGAACCUCUCAUUAGAAAGAGCUGGAGCUAAUUCAGGCAGUUUUCGUCCUUUCUAACGAGUUCGAUAUCAUUUUCCGAAGCCAAGCAAUAACUAGCUUUGAGUAUUGCACUAUUUUCGAGAGUUUGUUUAAAGAUUACUGUUGAUCAUAAAUUAAUGAUGAUACAUGUGUUCCAUCACUUACAUACCAUGUUUUAAGGAUAACAAAAGCCAGAAAAUUUCUUUGGAUUGUUGUUUAUCUCGUUAUUUAUUGCUCUACAAAGUGAUCGGAAAGUUUUUGAUGCGUGGUGUGAGGCCUUAUUAGAAGAGAAUAAAAUACCAAAUCAAACAGUGUCUUUGUGCGUAGAAGGGGAAAAAGCACCUCACACCAGAAACUUUCCGAUCACUCUGUAGAUGAAUAACUGCUCUGGCGUCACUCUUAAAUACCCGGAACUUCAAAUGAUUCACAAAGAAAAGACUCUGAUAUUCAUUCGAUUAAUCUAAAAGAUUAGAAGGCGUAGAAGGCUAAAAUUGUACAUUUUUAUCGAAAUUUAAUAGUCCAUCAAAAAUUCGCUGUGAAGCUCAUCAAUACAAAGUUGGCUCGCUCGAGCUGACCUGUAGUUCUCGAGGUAUUUUGGUGCAAAGUUAACCUGUUCUCUGAAAGACCUUGUAUCUUCAUCAUAUCUGAUGGGAUUUAGUAUUCCAAUGGAGGCUGAAUAGUUUGAGAUUAAGAGCAGAAAGCCAUCUUAAUCCAUUAUUAAUAUUACAAUCAAUUGUUUUUAAUCCAGACUUUAUGCAACCUUAAUAUCAAUUCUCAAGGAGCGUGAUAUCGAUUAGUGUACAACUCCCAGAGAUCAGUUUAUCAAGGAAAGUUUGGACCCUAAAGUAGCUAAAGUUUACAGAUUACUUGAGCUGUAUAUAAAGCUAAAAGGGUUUGAACAAUGAAAAGCAAACAUCUCUUUACCUCAACACCUUUUACUAAAUUGAACAUAGUUGAGUUGAUCAAGUUGACUAUAUUGUGACAACAAUACAAGUAAAUCAGAAAUGGCGGAAGAAAAAAAAGGAUCAUUAAAAUCAGUUUUAUAUUUUGCAUUUGUUUUCUUCUUACUAUUGAUACCUUAUAUAACUGGAAAUAACAUCGAGGAACUUAUGUCAGAUUCAAUUAAUAAAGAUUAUUCAGCAAAAUGGAAUGGAUAUGAAUGGGAUGGAUUCAAGUCAUUAUCAAUUCUUUACUUUACAACGGCAAUUCUCUGUUGGCUUGCCCCGCCACUAAUAGCGAAACUUGGUCCAAAAUUGUCACUCGCAUUAGGUGGAGUUGGAGUCAGCCUUGCACUUUCAACCUACCUUUAUCCCUUUAAAUAUGGCCUGAUUGCUGCGGCAUUUAUGACUGGCUCAUCUACUUCAAUUUUACUGAUUGCCCAAGGAUCUUAUUUGGGUCUCGUCAGUUCAAAGGAAACAAAUUCUCGAGAUACUGGACUUUGCUACGCAAUAUAUCAAUUAGCACCUAUUACGGGCGGUACAUUGGUCAGCCUUCUUUUCAGUGGUAAAGAAAAUAUUCCGCGUGAAACUCGAAAUAUUCUGUAUCCUGUGUUGGUUGGAUUUGGUUUCAUUGGAGUUGUUUGCACGAUGUUUUUAAGGUCUUCCAAGUCCACAGCUAAAUCUCCUUCACCAGUUCAAGUGCUCAAGCAAUCAUUCCAGUUAUUGACUACCAAAAGGAUGGCUUGUUUGACAAUCACUUGUUUAUACACUGGUCAAAUAUAUUCAUUCAUGUCCAAUUUGUAUCCAACUUCAGUUGGUUAUACAAAAGUUUUUGGCGUUAAUCGUAAACAAUAUGCAGGCGAGAGUGGAAUCUGCUUGGGUAUCGGUGAAUUUUCUGCUGGCGUAUUACUUUUUCUAACUCGUAACAAUAAGAAGGCCGAACGAUUAUUGUUCAUUGGUUAUAUUUUGACUUUGCUAACUUUUAGUUCUAUUUUAUGUCAAUCUUCCAAACAACGCUAAUAGACUUGACACUGAUGAUUUAGCAAUCAUAAAAUCAAAUUUACCAUUAGCACUUCUCUGUGCUACCUUAUUAGGAUUUGUUGACGGCUGUUAUCAGACUCAGCUGUUCCGUACUAUUGUCAAACAUUAUCCUGAAAACACGGCCGCUCCUUUUGGAAUCUAUUUUAGCGCUCAAGCAGCGACUAUGGCGACAAUGAACCUGUUUUCAAGUGGUUGUGGACUCCAUGUACAUUGUAUAUUAUUGAUGAUUGGCUGUUCCAUUGGUACAAUCGCCUUUUUUGUCAGUCUUUCGGCGAAUGAUGGUAGGGGUGUUGAGGAUGAAACUGUUGAUACCAGGGACAAAACCAAUAGUAUCUGCAAUGGCAAUGAGUCAAAAAGUACUAUAAAUAUUGAUAGUAAAGCUCAGAGUGAACUUCACUCAAUUGACACAAGUAAUGGUGAUAUCAAAUUUCCAGCUCAUGACGUUGAAUCGAACAAUGUUUAGUUGUUUGCCUUAUGCUGAUAUUUUUCUAGGCCUUAAAAGUAUUAUUAUAUCCUGUUGAAUAUUUGUUUCAAACUGUAAAAUAUUCAUACAAAUAGCAUUUGUUCAUACCCAUUAAAUUAAACUGCAACAGUUGAUAAAAUAA